GGUCGUUUACAGGAUCUGCACAUCCUGAUGCAGCUACAAGGAGCACACUUUACAGUACUGGAACACUGAAUCAAUUAACCCUCUCUGGCUCUUUUCCAGGCAAACCCCCGCUCAUUUUCGUCCCUGCUUUUCAAGCACUAAAGCUGGAUACACUGGAAUGAGUCUAUCAACAAACAAGGGUAGCAGCAGACUGCGAGCUUUGCUAAUGAACCAAGAGAAAACUGCACAUACACUCUGCUAAUCACCGAAGUAAAAUCAUCAAAAGAAUGGAAGAGAAACAACAGCAGAAAAAGAACACAACCUUAUUUCUACAUUUUUUAAAAUGUGACAAGAAUGAAUCUUCUCCUCAACUCAAGAGUUGGAGGAAAAUACCUGGGUAAGAAAUACAGUUUUCCCAAAAUAGAAAUUCUUAAUCUUGGUAUUAGAGGAAACACAAAUGAUAAACAAAAGCAGAGAAACAAGGUUUAGAAACAUUAUAAAAAACAAAACCAAAUUAACAACUUGUUUUCCAGAGAGUAGUGAAAAAUCUUAUCUUAAAAUCCACCAUGUGAUGAAAAAGAAGAUUACAAAGGAUCUUCCUGGAUGCAAAGUGGACCUUACUAAAAUGCAUGAGAAAGAGGUAAGGCUUUCUUCACCUGAAAAUUGCAACACAUAAAAUCUUUCCAGUAACUGAGCAUACUUUCAGCUUAAUGCCGUGGCAGCUGUUUUCGUCUCUGCUUCAAGGGGGAAAUGUAAGCGUUAAGCCUUCAGCAGAGUUGAGAGAGACAGAAAAAGAGAGAGGGAGAGAAAAAGCUGUGCUUAAUAAAAGCCCUGCUCAGAUUACAAAAAUAAGGAGUUUACUCACCCCCCCCUUCCAAGUAAUGGGUAAAUUUAGAGGUCUCAGUUCCAUAAAUCUUUACGGUUCCCUUGAGACUGUCACCAGUGUUUUAUUGUCUACAGCUUCCUGACCCUCACCUGAUAAUGUCUACAGUUCUUAAUUUAAAACGGAAACCUCAUACAUGAUUUCUGAAGAUAUUUUUGGGGUGACCCUCUGUGGAGAAAUAGUAUUCUUAAUAAGGGGAAAGAUGGGAACUGCUGUCUGCCUACGCACACGCUGCUGGAGACUAGACACUCGGGAGAGGAGGAGUUGCAUAUCCACAACGCAAGCAUCUGCCUUUGCAUCAGUUCGUACUUACAAAGAACAAAUCUAUGUACACCAUAUCUAAAGGAAACCAUUUGGCAUCCAAAUUAAUCUUAGCACUUUUUACUGCUAUAGAAAUAAAAUAAAAGAAAAAAGCAGCUAACGCACUGCUUACUUUUCACAGCUAUUGAAUUGUCUCCUGUAAUCUUCUGAAACCUGAACCUUGCUAUAAAGGGGAAACCAGACCACUGAGCCCUACCAACCAGAGAUGGAUACAAGACAGGACUUUCAUUUUUAAGAUCUGAUUGCACCCAGCAAGGCACAGGAUAAAAAAAUUGGACAUCAGCUCGGACAUGGUUACUGUAUCUCAAAAUAGCAGAUGACCAGUUUACCAUACUGACCAUGCUGGCCUUUCUUCAGGACCAUCCUGGAUCACAGAGGAACAGUGAACUCUCGCACCGUACACAAUUCCUGCGCGAAAUACAGCUCCUGAAUACAUUCUGCUGGACACAAAAAUGUCCUAUCCUUUACAUAUCUUGAAUGGGUCUGGAGUUGGCAAUGGAUCUUUGUCGCCUCUCUCAGUAACAGGAGAACCCAAGCAGGACUACCCAAGUGACGAACAAGGAAACAAAGUGCGUUGGGCAGCUUUACUGAUCCUCCUGGUGAUAAUCCCCACCAUUGGGGGGAACAUACUCGUCAUACUGGCUGUGUCUCUGGAGAAAAAGUUGCAAUAUGCUACCAACUACUUUUUGACAUCCUUGGCGGUGGCAGACUUGCUCGUAGGUCUGUUUGUGAUGCCGAUAGCCCUUCUCAUAAUAUUAUUUGACAAUGCCUGGCCUUUUCCAACUGCCUUGUGUCCUAUUUGGCUGUUCCUCGAUGUCCUCUUUUCCACAGCUUCCAUCAUGCACCUCUGUGCCAUCUCACUAGACCGCUAUAUUGCAAUUAAAAAGCCAAUCCAGGCUAGUCAGUACAAUUCAUGGGCUACAACAAUCAUCAAAAUCAUCGUGGUUUGGCUCAUUUCAAUAGGCAUCGCUAUUCCGAUCCCUAUCAGAGGCAUUGAAGAUGGAAACGGCAACUCUACAAACAUCACCUGUGUCCUCAUGCCUGAUCGUUUUCAUGACUUCAUUCUGUAUGGAUCAGUGGCUGCAUUCUUCAUUCCCCUCACUAUCAUGAUAGUCACUUAUUUUCUUACGAUCCAAGUGCUACGCAAGAAGGCCUACUUGAUCAACAAGCCACCUCAGCGUUUCACUUGGUCAACAGUGUCCACAGUAUUUCAGCGUGACACAACACCUGCCUCCUCACCAGAAAAGGUGGCCAUGCUAAAUGGCUCCAGAAAGGACAAGACUUUGUCCAAUGACAUGCCUAUCUGCAGAACGUCUACAAUUGGGAGGAAGUCCAUGCAAACAAUAACCAACGAACAAAGGGCGUCAAAAGUUCUGGGGAUUGUAUUUCUUCUUUUCUUGUUGAUGUGGUGCCCAUUCUUCAUAACAAACAUAAGUUCAGUUCUGUGCAACUCCUGCAACAAGGAGGUUUUUCAAAAGCUUAUGGAGAUAUUUGUUUGGAUAGGAUAUGUAUCCUCAGGAGUGAACCCUCUUGUCUAUACACUCUUCAAUAAAACAUUUAGGGAGGCUUUCAGCAGGUAUAUCACUUGCAACUAUUGGACCACAAAGCCUAUUAAGGCCCUUCGGGGGGGCUCCAGCAGAAUCUCUUUCAGAAGCUCUGUGGCGGAAAAUUCAAAGCUCUUUGUCAUGCAUGGGAUGAGAAAUGGGAUUAACCCCAUUAUGUAUCAGAGCCCAAUGAAGCUGAGGAGCUCACCCAUUCAAGCAUCAUCAGCCAUUCUGCUGGAUACAUUGCUGCUCACAGAGAAUGAAGUUGAUAAAACAGAAGAACAAGUCAGCUACGUAUAGCAGAAUGGCAGCCAUGUCCAUAUCAUAGUAUUACUAUAUGUAUUAUUCUAGGUAGCCAUGCUAUAAGAGGGUAUAAAUACUAUUGUUUUCUGUUAUUUAUGCAAGCAGUAUCUUAUAAAUUUAUAUUAAUUCCUCUCCUCCAAAGCCGCCUCUACUUUAACCGCAACCCCAUGGUGGCAACCACAACUUCAUUCCAUGAUAAGUGGCUAAUGCAGAACUGUAGGCUACUGGAAGAGGAAAAUAAAUAAAAGCUAAAUCAGUUUGAGUAUCUGA